AUGCGCGGCGAUGCCUACGAUCUCCAGGAUCUCAUCAAGUUCACUGUUACUUCAAUUGAGUGCAUCGUGCUUUAUCCCGACGUGGAGAAGCCCAACAACUCGAUUGCCACUUUGAAGAAGUCGCUCAUUCGUAUUGUGGCCAAUCUCAUUGAAGAAUUCGUCAAGGCUGUCGAUAUUGCCGAGUUGUCCGUCAAGAAUCGCACUGCGGACGACCUUCGCAAUCAUAUCCGUCAUCUUCAGAUGCUCGCUGCUGCUCGGCAUCUAUUUCCGAAGAAAGGGGAUUGCGACCAGGAGGACCUUCUAGAUUGGCAAAAGCGCAGCGAGCUGCGUCUUCUCCCCGGGGAUGAUGGGUUCAGUCACUGGCGCACGGCGAAGGCCUUAUUCCGCGCAAAUGUUCGCCAAUUUCUUUGCGACCCUACAGUCCAAGAGCUUGGACAAGAACGUCUUGAAGAGUAUGACUUGAUUGGGGAUUCCGAAUAUGAGGACAUGGCGAAUGGAUUCCUCGACACAUGUUGCCCGUUCAACCAGUGA